AUGUCAGGUGCUUCUCCUAAGAUUGGUGGCGAAUAUGGAGACAUAAGAGCUGCAAUUGAUAUAGAAAAUCUCAAUGCAUACCUUUCCAAGCAUACCAAUAUCAAAACACCCGUGGAAGUGAAGCAGUUCAAGUUCGGCCAGUCCAAUCCUACAUACUUCCUUACAGAUGCAGCUAAAACGCGCUUUGUCCUGCGAAAAAAGCCAGCGGGACAGCUUCUAUCUCAAACAGCUCAUCAAGUCGAGAGAGAAUAUGCCAUGUUGGCCGCUCUGCACAGGUACAACAUCAAACCCACCACACCACCAUCGAAACGUGUGCCAGUUCCCGAGCCUAUCAUUCUCUGCGAAGACAGCUCCGUUGUCGGUACACCAUUCUACAUCAUGGAAUUUCUGGACGGUCGCAUUUUCACAGAUACAAAAAUGUUAGAAGUGUCUCCCAAGGACAGACGCGAAUGUUGGUUAUCCGCUAUCAGUGCACUUGCUUCUCUCGGUGCAGUAUCCCCAUCUGAAGUAGGACUAUCCAACUUUGGGCCUUCGACACCCUACUUUCCUCGUCAAAUCAAGUCGCUUUCUCGAGUAUCGGCUGCGCAAGCCGAGGCUGUUGAUGUAGAAUCCGGAAAGAAAACCGGGGACAUUCCCUUCUUCCAUGAAUUAAUCGCAUGGUACAAACAAAACCUCCCUGAUGAAUCCAAGACAGGCCUGCGUAUUGUCCAUGGAGACUAUAAAUUAGACAAUCUUAUCUUCCACCCUACGGAAAAUAGAGUCAUUGGUAUUCUAGACUGGGAAUUAUGUACUUUGGGAAGCCCACUCGCUGAUCUCGGAAACUUGACUAUGCCUUGGUCAGUCGAUAGCAACAACAUUCCCGAGCAAGGAAGAUUCUUCAUGCAUGGAUUCAAAAAUACUACCAAAGAUGUGCCGAUAUCCCUCGAAGACCUGGAGCGGGAAUACUGUCGUUUGAGUAACCGACCCUACCCCAUUGACGAGAUGAUUUUUGUUAGGAGCUGGAUGCUUUUUAGAGCAUUGCAGCUCGUUAUGCGCGACGACAAGCAAGCUCAGAAAGAGCGCAUCUACAUGUCUUUGGUUUCCCGAUGUUCGGUGGACUAG